AUGGCGGUUGGGCUACGCUCGACCCGGCUGGCCAGCACGAGCAGGACUCUUGUUACAGCUGCGGAGGCGAGUCCCCCCUCGACGAUAAUCCGAUGUCACGGCAGAUCUCCGGUGCAGCCACAGGUACAGGCACGGACAAGAGGCUUCUCGACCAAUGCCACCAGACAUGCCGCCUAUUCUUCCGAGAACAACGACGAACCCGCCUCCACAGUAUCUGCUUCCUCAUCACGGACGAAACGUCGCACAACAGUAGCGUACGACUCGCUCUCAUCGUCCAUUCUCGGAGAGGACGGCCAACCGCUUCCGCCUCUCUCCGCCCUCGUCCCGCCAGCAAACCGCAAACGUAGCGCCGGCAAAUCUCGCUCCAAACCAGACCCAUCAUCUCGGCCCUCCACUCCAACUCCUGCUGCUCCGGAAGAACCCAUUCGAUGGCCACCACUAGCCCAAUCCGUGCUCGACGACAUGGCGCGCUUCCACUCCACCAUCCUGCUCACCCGCGUCGGCGGUUUCUACGAGUCCUACUUCUCCCAAGCUGCGCAAAUCGCCUCCCUCCUCAACAUCAAGCUGGCCAACCGUCGGUGGGCAGGUCAAGACGUCCCCAUGGCGGGCUUCCCCGUCUUUCAGCUCGAAAAGUACCUCAAGAUCCUCGUCCUCGACAAGGGGCUGCUCGUCGCCAUCUCGGAAGAGUUCAGACCGAAGGACGCCGUCGCUGGCAACGCUACGGAGAUCACCAGGAGGGUCAAUCGGGUGGUUAGCCCGGGAACGCUGAUCGAUGAGAAGUUUCUGGAUCCUUUCGUGAACAAUUUCAUCGUGGGGGUUAGCAGUAAGAGGGUGGAGGACGAGGAGGGGGGAAGGAGGGUGAGGUAUGGGCUGGCUUGGUUGGAUGUGGGUACGGCGGAUUUCAAUACGGCUGUUUGUGAGGACGCAAAGAGUUUGCGGGAUGAGAUUGCGAGGAUCGGGCCGAGGGAGGUCGUGGUGGAUUCGGGGACGAUCGAUGCCGGGUUGGUCGACGAGGAUGGGGGCCAGGAUCGAGUCAAGGUGGACAUCAGGGAGCUGGUGACGGAUUCCAGUGUGUACAUUUCACACUUCCAUCCACCUCCUCCGGACCCUCCUGCAAGCCCCCUCCCAGCAGACCUCUCACAACGAUCGGACUCUCCCCCCACGCCGGCGGUAUCCCUCGAUCCCGUCGAAACAGCCACCGUCCACACCCUCCUCUCCUACCUCCGCACCCGCCUGCUCGACCAGGAAACCACCUCCACGCUCACCUCCCUCUCCCUCUCCCGUCCGCUCCACCAGCACCUCGACAGCAUCAUGCAGAUCGACGCGCACACGCUCUCCGCGCUCGAGAUCCGCUCCACCGGUCGCGAAGGCUCCACCCGCGGCUCCCUCUUCUCCGUCCUCCGUCGAACCGUCACCAAAGGCGGCACGCGUCUCCUCCAGCAAUGGCUCUGCAAUCCGUCCACCUCGCUCGCGACGAUCAACGCGCGCUUCGACCUCGUCGAACUCUUCCUGAAGAAGAAGGAGCUGAGGGAGGACGUGAGGUCGAUCCUGAGGCUAGGGGCGGGGGAUGUGACGAGGGUGUUGCAGAAGUUGGUGACGAGGAGGAACGACGAGCAGGAUCUGUUGGAGGUGAGGGAUGCCAUUGGGGCGAUGGAGCGGGUGAAGAGUUUGAUGGUAGGGGAAAUGGAGUUUUUGACGGGUGACGAAAAGGAGAGGGAGACGGUCGAGGGGUUGGUGGGGAAGUUUCAUGACUUGGGAGAGCUGGCGAGUAAGCUGGGUGAGGCGAUCGAUGAGAGGGUGAUUGCGGCGAGGUUGGAGAGGCAGGAGACGCUGGCUAACGAGGUGGAGGGAAUCGCCGCUGCAGCUGGGUCGUCGUCGGUAGCGGAUACUUCGCGCGCUCAGAUACGCAGUCUCGGGAAUACCGCCACCGCCAGCUCGAAAGGUGUCACCACGAGUAAACGUAUCCGUUCCACCUCUCCCGAAUCAGACCUCGACGAUACCUCCUCCCUCUGGGGCGACGACUUCGAACACCUCAUCCGACCAUCCUCCUCGAAAACCCUCACCGCCCUCACCCGCUCCCACCAGUCCCUGCGACGGACCGCCCGCAAACUCGAACUCGACUUCCAACGCGCCUACUCCUCGGACUCCGUCACGCUCCGCUACGUGCUCGGUCAAGGCUACGUCGUGCAUUCUCGCGGCAAACCUCUCCCUACUCAACCCGCGCUCCCACUCCCCAAAACUUGCACGUCAUCCCCAUCAGACCUCACCCUUCACAUCGCGGGCAAGAACCGCUCGACGCACACCUACUACUGUCCCACAUGGACGGCGCUCGGCUCGCGUCUCGACCGCUCCUCUUCCGAAAUCCAAUCGCUCGAAUCCAUCCAACUCGAGUCGCUGCGGCAACUGGUGCUCACCUCGUCCUCCUACCUCCGGACCAACGCCAAACUGCUCGAUCAGCUCGAUGUGCUGACGUCCUUCUCGCAAGCUGCGGAUGAGUUCUCCCUCGUACGACCGGUGCUGGACGACUCCACCUCGAUCGACGUUACCGCGGCUAGACAUCUUUCCGUCGAAAUGGGACUGUUGGAGCGUGGUCGAUUGUUCACCCCGAACUCUCUUUCCUUGGACGGAAUCUGCGUGUUGACGGGACCGAAUAUGGGUGGGAAAUCGACCUUCCUCCGCUCGAUCGCGCUGUUGACGAUUCUCGCGCAAUCCGGAUGCUUCGUCCCCUCUUCCCAACCUACGCGGAUCGGACGGGUCGAUCGGAUAUUCACCCGCAUAGGUGCCCAGGACGACGUCUUCCGCGACCGCUCCACCUUCAUGGUCGAGAUGUCCGAAGUCGGCGAAAUCCUCCACCGUGCCACCCACCGCUCCCUCGUCAUCGCCGACGAAAUUGGCCGAGGUACCAGCAAUCUGACCGGAAUCGCCGUCGGUUUCGCAACGCUCAAGAGUCUCAAGGAUAGAGGCUGCAGGACCAUCUUUGCGACUCAUUUCCAUGAGAUAUGCGAUUUGGUGCAGAAAGAGCGGUGGGAGCGGACGGAGUUCUGGUGUACAGAUGUGGGAGAGCACGACGAGGACGGGGAUGAGGAAGGAUUGGUGUAUGAACAUAGGUUGAGGAGGGGGAUUAACAGGGAGAGUUACGGAUUGCAGGUGGCGAAGUUGGCGAGGUUGCCCGAGGAAACGGUGGAAUUGGCCAGGACAACGUUGGAGAAGCUAAAGACCGAGAGAUAG